AUGGAGAGCACACAUGAAUCGAACGACGACCGAAGUCUGAAAUCGGGACCAUCGUGCCUCUCUCUAGCUAUCGAACGACGGAAACCUGUAAUCGACCAUCGCCUUCACCCUCUGUUCCGUUUCGCCUGCUCCGUCCGCCUGCUGUCGUCUGACUGCCGACGACCUGAUUUCAGAUCCACAGCUCCACCUUUGGUUCGGGAGUUGGAACAUCGUCAUGCCGAAAUUGAAAGAAGGAAAUUGUCGAAUUUAUGAGACGACCUGACUGUAAUAACCCUCCCGACAAUCCAUCCAAUGCUCCUUAGGUUAUUUGUUGUAAAUGUUUGUAUGUUUUUAAACAUUUAUAUUAUGUUUGUGGUUUAGAUGGAUGUUAAAAUUUGUAACUGAAUGCUGCUUGUGUUAUGUAUUACUUUUAUUUUUAUUGUUUUUGUGUACGGAUU